GGCCGAGGAGCGCUCGCUGCACCGCAUGCUGCGCGCCAUCGCGGAGGAGCGCGGCCGCCUCAGCCUGCGCCGCGAGGUCUGCGGCCUCGGGUGCUUCAAGGAUGACCGCAUCGUGUUCUGGACCUGGAUGUUCUCCACCUACUUCAUGGAGAAGUGGGCGCCGCGCCAGGACGACAUGCUCUUCUACGUGCGCAGGAAGCUGGCGUUCGCGGGCAGCGAGGGCGGCAGUGACGGGCGGCAGCCGCCGGAGCCCGCGCCCGCGCCCGCCGUGGAGGUGGAGGUGUACCGGCGCGACUCCAGGAAGCUGCCCGGCCUGGGGGACCCCGACAUCGACUGGGAGGAGAGCGUCUGCCUGAACCUCGUCCUGCAGAAGCUGGACUACGUGGUGACCUGCGCCGUGUGCACGCGCGCGCCCGACGGCGGCGACAUCCACGUCCACAGGCGGCGCUCCCAGCAAGUGUUUGCGUCUCCCAGUAAACACCCCAUGGACAGCAAAGGGGAGGAGUCCAGGAUCAGCUACCCCAACAUCUUCUUCAUGAUCGACAGCUUCGAGGAGGUGUUCAGCGACAUGACGGUGGGCGAGGGGGAGAUGGUGUGCGUGGAGCUGGUGGCCAGCGACAAAACCAACACCUUCCAGGGCGUCAUCUUCCAGGGCUCCAUCCGCUACGAGGCGCUCAAGAAGGUGUAUGACAACCGGGUGAGCGUGGCGGCCCGCAUGGCGCAGAAGAUGUCCUUUGGCUUCUACAAGUACAGCAACAUGGAGUUCGUGCGCAUGAAGGGGCCGCAGGGCAAAGGGCACGCCGAGAUGGCCGUGAGCCGCGUGUCCACGGGCGACACCUCCCCCUGCGGGACAGAGGACUCCAGCCCGGCCUCGCCCAUGCACGAGCGGGUGACCUCCUUCAGCACGCCCCCCACCCCCGAGAGGAACAACCGGCCCGCCUUCUUCUCCCCGUCCCUCAAGAGGAAGGUGCCCCGGAACCGGAUCGCGGAGAUGAAGAAGUCGCACUCGGCCAACGACAGCGAGGAGUUCUUCCGCGAGGACGACGGCGGAGCCGAGCUGCACAACGCCUCCAACCUGCGGUCGCGGUCGCUGUCCGGCACCGGGCGCUCCCUGGUCGGGUCCUGGCUGAAGCUGAGCAGAGCCGGCGGGAACUUCCUCCUCUAUGCACACCUGACCUACGUCACUCUGCCGCUGCACCGGAUUUUGACAGACAUCCUGGAGGUGCGGCAGAAGCCUAUCCUGAUGACCUAGCGUGCGCGGAGCCCGCCUGCGGCCCUGGGAGCGCUGCCAAGUGCCUACCCGCCCACCGCACCGGUCUCCUGUGACGCCCAGCGCAGCCGGAGCCGGGCCGCCGCACGGGCAGGGCCGCCGCCAACACCAGCCCAAACUGAAGUGCCUCUUCGCCCGGCUCUGCGCCCGCCCGCGCCCGCCACCACCGCCCCCGGCUCGGGUCAGGAGGCCGGGGAGGGAGCAGGGGAGCAGCUCUCUCCAGGAUGUGCCAGCCCUCCUGACCCCGGCGUCCACGCCGACAAGACCGCAGCGGGAGCCGCGGCGGGGCCCGCAGCGUCCGGCAGACAGGCCGCUGCUCUCGCCGGCCCCCAGGAGCUCCAUGUCCCACGUCGCCCCGACGCGCCCUCGAGUUAACCAUUGGUUGGAAACGGGUUCCCGGGGGUUGGGAACCCCCAGCUGUUGGAUGCUUUGCCCUGGGCUGGGAAUACCUCACCCCACCCCAGGGUCCCGGAGGCCCCGCUCCCGCCAGAAUGGCCUUUGCUUCCAGCCAAAGAGCGCCGCCAGCCCCUCCCGCUCUGCCCGCUCGCGCCGCCACGGGGACUGCACGCCUGGGGCCUGGGGCGGGCGGGCGCGGGAGCCGCGCGGGAGGAGCAGGGAGUCCCUCCCGAGGCGGGAGUCUAGGCAGACCCUGGCCUCCGGGGGCCGGGCCGGGAGUGCGGACCCUCCUGUGCGGUUGCCCGGCUUUCUCCCUCUGCCUGGGCGCCGGUGCUUCCGAGGCCACCCCGAGGCCAGGAGGGACCGGCCUCCACCGCCAGCCAGCGGGCCGGUGUGCGUGGCUGUCCCGCGGCCUCGCUCUGCAUGAAGGGUCCCCCCUGAGCCGGGGCUCCCAGCCCCCCGGGAGUGCUCUCUGCUGCUGUGUUGUUUUGCUUGACGUCCCCAAGAAUGUGUGAGGGGCUCCCGCUGUGGGCGUAGCGGUCCUGUGUGGGGAGAGGGGAGGAGGAGGGGCUUGGUCUCCGUGUUUUUAUUCUGUGCGCCCCAAGGGUUGGCACGGGGCUCCGGAACAGGGGACUCCUUUGGGGCUUUCUCCAGAUUUUGUACGCUGUUAUUAAAAGCAAGCUAUUGCAUUUCAUUCUGCCUCGGUUUGCCCACCUGUGCGAUGGGGCUGACACCACCUACCUCACUGACGUCUCCAGGGUUCCAGCACAAGAUCGCGGGGCAGGGUGAGGCCGCUCAGCCUGGCCAGGCGGGUGUCAGGCUUCUGGGAGCCCCACCCCAUCCCCCUGUCCAGGAGCACAAGGCUCCGCCGAGUCACCCUCCCUGCUGAGUCUCGGGCUGCAGCG